AUGGAUCAAAGUUUUGAGAUAAUUGACAGUUUCUUUUUUCCAGACAUGGAUGCCUGUAUCAACUGUCCACAAGAUCAUUAUGCCAACAACCACCAAAAUCAAUGCAUUCCCAAGGUCCUCAAUUUCCUCUCUUACAAAAAACUAUUAGGAAUCACUUUAGCUAUGUUGGCUGUUACCUUGGCUGGGAUUGCAGCUUUGGUGCUUGGAAUUUUCAUAAAGCACCAGGAGACUCCCAUCGUCAAAGCCAACAACCGGAACCUCACCUACAUUCUCCUCCUCUCCCUUCUUCUCUGCUUCCUCUGCUCUUUGCUCUUCAUUGGAAAACCUUUUCAUGUGACCUGCCUUCUCCGGCAAACUACUUUUGGUAUUAUCUUUUCUGUGGCCCUUUCCAGUGUGUUGGCCAAAACCAUCACUGUAGUUUUAGCAUUCAUGGCUACUAAGCCAGGAUCCUUGAUAAGGAAAUGGACUGGGAGAAGAAUGGCAAAUUCUGUGGUUCUUUUGUGCUCCUUUACUCAAGCAAGCAUUUGUUUUCUUUGGCUAUAUACUUCCCCUCCAUUUCCUGAUAGGGACAUGUAUUCAAUUACAGGGGAAAUCACACUGCAAUGUAAUGAAGGCUCAGUUGCUAUGUUUUACUGUGUUCUGGGUUACAUGGGUCUCCUGGCCAUUGUCAGCUUCAUAGUGGCUUUUCUUGCCAGGAAGUUACCUGACAGUUUCAAUGAAGCUAAAUUUAUCACCUUCAGCAUGUUGGUCUUUUGCAGUGUUUGGUUGUCCUUUGUUCCAACUUACUUGAGCACCAAAGGAAAAUCCAUGGUGGCUGUGGAGAUCUUUUCCAUCUUGGUCUCCAGUGCUGGCUUACUGGUUUGUAUCUUUUCCCCUAAAUGCUAUAUCAUCAUUCUGAAGCCUGAGUUGAACACCAGGGAUCAAUUAAUAAGGAGAAAAAAGUGACAUAAAUAUAGGA